AUGGAUUACCAGAACCGCGCAGGUUCGAAAUUCGGCGGCGGCGGCGUCGCCUCGCACUCCGCAACAAACGCAGACCGACGCGAACGGCUCCGCAAACUCGCCCUCGAAACCAUCGACCUCGACAAAGAUCCUUACUUCUUCAAGAACCAUGUCGGUAGCUUUGAGUGCCGCCUCUGCUUGACCGUCCACCAAAAUGACGGCUCGUACCUCGCGCACACCCAAGGGCGAAAGCAUCAAACGAACCUCGCUCGCCGUGCCGCCCGCGAGCAGCGCGAAGGGAAGAACCAAGAUCCCAACUCUUUACCUGGUGCAAUGGGAGUGCAGGUCCGGAAGCAGACGAUCAAGAUUGGGCGGCCGGGUUAUAAGAUUACGAAGGUGCGGGAUCCGCUGACGAGGCAGUUGGGGUUGUUGUUUCAAUUGCAGUAUCAGGAGAUUACGCCUGGUGUAAAGCCGCGGGUGCGGUUUAUGAGUGCGUUUGAGCAGAAGGUGGAGGAGCCGCCGGAUAAGAGUUUCCAGUACCUGGUUGUUGCGGCCGAGCCGUAUCAGACUUGUGGGUUCAAGUUGCAGGCGCGGGAGAUUGAUCGACGUGAAGGGAGGUAUUGGACGUGGUUUGACGAGGAUAGCAAGGAGUUUUGGGUGCAGAUUAUGUUCAAGACGGAGCGUGAGGAGAGGUUUAGCGGUGUGCCUGGAUUGGCGCCGUUGGGGGCUGCUUAA